AAAAUGAAUCUUUUAACAACUGUGUUCCUUGUUCUGAUUUUUUUCACUUGUGCGUAUGCUGAGAAACCUCACAUUGUAUUCAUUGUCGCGGAUGACCUCGGCUGGAAUGAUGUUGGGUUUCGGAACCCUCAAAUGAUCACCCCUAACCUGGACAGACUGGCCAAAGCUGGAGUCAUCCUCAACUCUUCUUACGUACAGCCUUUGUGUUCACCCUCCAGAAACUGCUUCAUGUCAGGAUAUUUCCCCUAUCACACUGGACUACAGGAUGGCGUUAUCGACGACGACGCAGCGAAAUACAUGCCAGCCAAUCUAAUAACAAUUCCACAGAAACUGAAACAACUCGGCUAUGCUGCUCAUAUGGUUGGGAAGUGGCAUCUUGGAUUCUGUAACUGGAAAUAUACACCCACAGAGAGAGGCUUUGACUCCUAUCUUGGAUUUUACACUGGUUCAGAGGACUAUUUUACCCACCUGAGAAAGAUGAAGGAAGUCAAAGGUGAAGUAGGACUGGAUUUUCACCUCAACAAGACUGCAUAUAGAGACGCCAAUGGGACCUAUUCUGCAAAUGUGUUUGCUAACAGGGCUGUUGAAAUCAUUACAAACCACGACAAAAGUAAACCACUUUAUCUAUACCUUCCAUUCCAGUCUGUUCAUACACCUCAUCAAGUUCCAGCUAAAUAUGAAAACAUGUACAAGAACAUAGAAAACAUAAAGAGAAGAAUCUAUUGUGGAAUGGUGAGUGCUUUGGAUGAAGCUGUGGGAAACAUUACGAAGGCUUUAGAAGGCAAAGGUCUCAUGGACAAUCUUUUGUUAGUCUUUACAACCGAUAAUGGCGGUCCUACAUUUCUUGCUGCUAAUAACUUGCCUUUACGAGGAGCUAAAAAUACUCUGUGGGAAGGGGGAACGAAAGGCACAGGAUUCAUCUACAGUAAAACCCUUCUGAAGAAGACGGGUUAUCUUAACACUGGAAUGAUGCAUGCUGUGGACUGGUACCCGACGUUUGUGGAGCUGGCUGGUGGAGAGAACACAGACCCCAACAUGGACGGAGUCAGCCAGUACGACAUGCUCAUCAAUGGUGGGCCCACCAAACGGAAUGAGUUCGUCUACAACAUAUAUGACGAGCGGGAAGCAGCUGCCGUAAGGUACGGAGAUCUCAAGCUCAUGCAAGGGAGUCCGGGUGAUCACAAUGGCUGGGCUCCUUUGCCACAUGUGGGAAUUGACGAAGAUGUCUAUGAAGCUGAUAACCAAACCUUCCCUCCCUUCAUGCUGUACAACAUUACUGCAGAUCCAACUGAACAUUUCGACCUCUCAGCGACGUACCCUGAGUUAGUGGACAUGAUGAAGAAGAGGCUGGAGAACUGGAAGAAGUCCCGUGUUCCGGCGCAGAGCAAUGCUGGUGUUCCUGCAGCAAACCCUGAAUACUACGGCGGUGUAUGGAGUCCAGGCUGGUGUUAAUGACUCUUUCAAACAGACACUUCCUCACAGAAAAAUUCGUUAACACUGGAUUGAUGUUCAGAAUACGAACUGUCACACCUACUUGUCAAAUCGAGUCUUAACCGCAAUAACUUCAUUUGUCUUCAAAUAUAGAACACUCUGUAUUUUAGAACAUGUUUUGUUAAUAAAAGAGGUUACAAUAAUGGA